CGGGAGCAGCGGGAUCGGUGCGGAGGAGCGGCGGGAGCCCCCGCCCCGGCGGAGCACAGCGCGCUGGGCUGCGGAUGGAGGGCAGCCGCGCUUCUCCCCGGUACGGAUCCAUGGAAUCCACCCGGUGGCCGCCGGCCGGAGCGGAGCCAGAGGCCGAGAUUGUGUCCAUGGCUGACUCCACCACCACCAUCGAUGACAUUGAGGGAGAGCUGUUCAGGAUCGAGCGGAUCCGGGAGAUCCUGGUGCGCAGGGAGUCGGAGCUGCGCUACAUGAUGGACGACAUCCAGCUUUGCAAGGAAAUCAGCCGGCUGAAAACAGAGCUCCAGAAACUCCUGGUCCUGCCAGAGAACCAGAAAUCCAACGAGGAGAAGCAGAGGGAAGAGGAGCUGGUGCAGCAGAUCCACAAGCUGGUGGAAACGCGGGAUUUCCUGGUGGAUGAUGUGGAGUUUGAGAGGCUCAGGGAAAGGGAAGAAGACAAGGAAAUGGCCGAGUUCCUGCAGAGCAAGCUCUCCAAAAGCUACCUCCAGAGAGCAACUCCUGUCCGAGAGAAGAAGAUGACAUCAAGGGGACAACAAACUUCAGCUCCCUACAUGAGCAAGACAGGCCUGACUCUGCUCAAGGAAUGCUGUGGCUUCACCUGCUCCAUCAUGUAGGGCAUUGCCAGCCCCUGGCACAGAACACAGCUGUGGUAGGGGCACAUGCUGGGAACCUGGGAUGGGCUGAUCCCAUCCGGGAGCCAAUUGCAUCCUGGAGCUGAUCCCAUCCUGGAGCUGAUCCCAUCCUCGAGCUGAUCCUGUCCCAGAGCUGAUCCUGUCCCGGAGCUGAUCUCAUCCUGGAGCUGAUCCUGUCCUGGAGCCGAUCCCAUCCUGGAGCUGAUCUCAUCCUGGAGGUAAUCCCAUCCUGGAGCUGAUCUCAUCCUGGAGGUAAUCCCAUCCUGGAGCUGAUCCCAUCCUGGAGGUCAUCCCAUCCUGGAGCUGAUCCCAUCCUGGAGCUGAUCCCAUCCUGGAGCUGAUCUUGUCGUGGAGCUGAUCCUGUCCUGGAGCCGAUCUCGUUCUGGAGCUGAUCUCGUCCUGGAGCUGAUCUCAUCCUGGAGCUGAUCCCUUUCUGGGCUACGCCCUCCCUGCUCCUCCAGAGAUUCUCCAGGCUGCUUUGCUUGGCCCACAAGAUUUGCUUUAUCCACACACCCCAAAGGCUCCUCUCUGUUCCUGCCUUCUCAGGACCUUGUUGGGACAGUGAGUGACCCAGCCAAUGAGUUUGGUCAUGCUGAGGGAGCCAGAGGCCAGGAAGAGCCCUAGAUUCCAGACUUGGAGCAAGCCUGGGCUGGAAGUAGAGCUGGUUCAGGCAGGAGGAUAGGUGGGUUUUUUCUGGGUGUCUCCCCCUGUGGCCCUGAGGCUGCUCCUGGAGAAGGCUCAGGCUGCUCCCCUGGGCACAUGGAGCUGCUGGAAGUGCUGGGAAAGGUGCCCAGCCCACAGGAGGGGCACUGCUUCAUGUGCAUUGAUCUCAACCCAAACCAAUAAAUGUCUGUUGGAAUUCCCA